UGUGAACAUUGAGCUGACGACACAAACUGCUGCAGAUCAGUGAGUAAAGAACUUGUGCUUUGCUUCUUGUGGGACACAUCUGUAGAAGGAUAAGAAACUUUCAGUGUUGUUGAGAGGUGAAAUGGCUCAGAGAGGAAGUCAGAUGGAUUUACAAAAAUACUCCUGUUCCAUCUGCUUGGAUCUAAUGAAGGAUCCAGUGACUAUUCCCUGUGGACACAGCUACUGUAUGAGCUGUAUCAAAGACUACUGGGAUAGAGAGGAUCAGAGGAGAAUCCCUAGCUGCCUUCAGUGCAGGAAAGAGUUCACACCGAGGCCUGUUCUGGUGAAAAACACCAUGUUAGCAGAUUUAGUGGAGGAUCUGAAGAAGACUGGACUCCAAACUGCUCCGGAUGAUCACUGCUAUGCUGGACCUGAAGAUGUGGCCUGUAAUUUCUGCACUGGGAGGAAGAUAAGAGCUGUCAAGUCCUGUUUAUCGUGUUCUGCUUCUUAUUGUCAGAAUCACCUCCAACCUCACUAUGAUAUUUCUGGACUGAAGAAGCACAAGCAGGUGAAUCCCUCCAAGAACCUCCAGGAGAACAUCUGCUCUCAUCAUGAUCAGGUGAUGAAGAUCUUCUGUCGUACUGAUCAGCAGUGUAUCUGUUAUCUCUGCACUAUGGAUGAACAUAAAGGCCAUGAAGCAGUCCCAGCUGCAGCAGAAAGGACUGAGAAGCAGAAGGAGCUCCAGGUGAGACGACAACAAAUCCAGCAGAGAAUCCAGGACCAAGAGAAAGAUGUGAAGCUGCUUCAACAGGAGGUGGAGGCCAUUAAUGUUUCUGCUGAUAAAGCAGUGGAGGACAGUGAGAAGAUCUUCACUGAGAUGAUCCGUCUCAUCCAGGAAAGAAGGUCUGAUGUGAAGCAGCAGAUCAGAUCCCAGCAGGAAACUGAAGUGAGUCGAGUCAAAGAGCUUCAGGAGAAGCUGGAGCAGGAGAUCACUGAGCUGAAGAGGAAAGACGCUGAGCUGAAGCAGCUCUCAGAAACAGAGGAUCACAGCCAGUUUCUCCUCAACUAUCCCUCACUGUCAGCACUCAGUGAGUCUACACACUCACCCAGCAUCAAUAUUCGUCCUCUGAGAUACUUUGAUUUUGUGACCACAACUGUGUCAGAGUUCAGAGAGAAACUGCAUGACAUCCUGAGAGACACAUGGACACAUAUCUCAUUGACAGUCACUGAAGUGGAGGUUCUACUAUCAGAGCCAGAACCAGAGACCAGAGAUGGAUUCCGAAAAUAUUCACAGGAAAUCACUCUGAAUCCAAAUACAGCAAACAAGAAGCUGAUAUUAUCUGAAGGGAACAGGAAAGUGACAUUUAAGGACAAACAAGAACAGUCUUAUCCUGAUCAUCCAGACAGAUUUACUGAUUGGCUUCAGGUUCUGAGUAGAGAGAGUCUGACUGGUCGUUGUUACUGGGAGGUGGAGUGGAGAGGAGAAGGAGUUUAUGUAGCAGUUUCAUACAAGAACAUCAGCAGAGCAGGAAGAUUGGGUGACUGUAGAUUUGGACUAAAUGACAAAUCUUGGUCACUAUACUGUUACAAAAGGGGUUUCUUGUUUUAUCACAAUAACACUAAAACUCACAUAUUCCGUCCAGUUUCCUCCAGAGUAGGAGUGUACCUGGAUCACAGAGCAGGUAUUCUGUCUUUCUACAGCGUCUCUGAAACCAUGACUCUCCUCCACAGAGUCCAGACCACCUUCACUCAGCCUCUAUAUGCUGGAACUGGGGUUGAUCUGUAUCUCAAAUCCUGGCUUCAUGAUGCAUCCUCUGGUGAAUUUGUUAAACUAAAAUAGUCAGAACUGAUCUGAGAUCCAGUUGGCUAAAACGUGUAUUUGAGUUUCUUUAAUAUCCAUCACGAAUCAAGAAGUUUUAUUGUCGGACAAAACUACUUGUUUUGUCCGGCUA